AUGUCUUACGGCAAGAUUGUUAUUAUGGCAUGUGGGAGCUUUAGCCCUCCUACUUACAUGCACCUUCGAAUGUUCGAAAUCGCACGAGAUUAUAUUCACACAUUGAACUUGGGGAAUGUGGUUGGAGGUCUGGUGUGUCCUGUGCACGAUGCCUAUGGGAAGAAAGACCUGGUUCCUGCCCAUCACAGAAUAUCAAUGUUAAAACUAGCGUUGAGGUCAUCAUCAUGGAUCAAGAUAUCAGAGUGGGAGACGCAGCAGACAGGGUGGACGAGGACCAGGGUAUCUUUGCAGUAUCAUCAGGACACAAUAAACAACUACCUAACAGGGGUCAACGACCCGGACCCGCCAUCUUGGCUACCAGAUGAUAUACUAAACCUCAACAGUUUGGAUGAGCCGGACAACUUGAUGGAGAAGUUCAAUGGCAACACGCAAGAUGGAGUCACCGUCAAGUUGUUGUGUGGAGCUGAUCUCUUGGAGUCCUUCGCCACUCCUGGACUGUGGUCCGAUGAAGAUUUGGAGACGAUAGUGGGUCGCCAUGGACUUGUGGUGGUGACCCGGGCUGGCUGUGAUCCCGGCAAGUUCAUAUACGAGUCGGAUAUACUCUACAAACAUAGGAAAAACGUGAUCCUAGUAACGAACUAUAUAGCCAAUGAAGUAAGUUCGACGCAGAUACGUCGGCUGGUGAGUCGAGGGGAGAGCGCCAAGUAUCUGACGGAUGACGGAGUACUGGCCUAUGUACGACAACAUUCAUUGUACGGCGCGACUCGGGAACAUACUGAGUAUACAAUCCUCAACGAACUAAUCGCUAGCUACGAUAAACGUUCACCACAGGACGUCACAAUGACGUCACCCGAAGAAACCAGCUUCAAAAACAUUCUCAUAUCAAUCCGAGACAAACCAUCCAUAGUUGACGAAACCAUCACAGUCAAACGACCACGAAAGGCAAACUUUUUAAUGCCAAACUCUCAUACAGACUCAGUAAGCCCUAUAUGUGAGCCGUUAAAGCCCAAAAUGGCAUACAUAGACAAGGUCCCAUCGACCUACGUGCCUGGCAAAGCUGUGAAAAUAGUCAGCGACACGACCGAGCAUAAGUUAGACAAGGUAACGUUAGACACUACUUAUAGCUCCCUCGACAGUUAUUUAAGCAAAGAUUUGGACUUCGAUAUUUACAAACGGCGGGUAAGUGAGGGUAAUGUGGGUAAAGCCGAAGUGGAACCGACGAAAAAACGAUGUUCGUCCACUAUAAGGAAGUUGAAACCCGAUGAAAUGAAGAAGAGUAAGUCUGAAGUCAGUAAGUUGUGUGAUAAAAUGAAAAGUAUAAAGAUUAAAGAAAGUUCGGGAAGGAAUUAUAAGACUAGGAGCUGUAAUGACAUUGUUAGGUUGAUUCUCACUAAACAUGGGAUUCAUGUUAUUAGUGAUACUGAGGCUAUUGUGUAG